GGUGGAAGGUCUUUCAGUCAGCACUAAACGACUGUCCGGUCAUCAUUGAUAUUCCCCAGUGUCAUUAAAAAAAAGAAAAACAUCGGGUAUAGUUGAAGAUUUGAAAACCAAUAUUCACUGUUCGAGCAUUUUGUCAAAAACUGCUGCCGCUGAAAUGUGAAUUAACAGUUUCAAUGACGUUCUGCUAGAGAUCAAAGAUAUGGCGGGGAGGUACGAUGAAAUAAUUCGACGUUAGAUGAUUAUCUCCAACGGCAUGAUAAUUAUCCGCGAUUACUCGCACAAAAAGGAAGAUUUCGGAAUUGGUGGAGAUAUAUAAACAUCUUGGAGUUGAACAGGAAUCACAAACAUAUGAUCGCAGUAUCCAAUAACUGAAAUAUUCGAAAAGAAGAUACUUAAACUGAGUAAGAAAAAAAAAUAUCAUAAAUGCCAGUAUCGUUUUCAUUGCGCCACGCGUAUCUGGCAACCGAACCAGAUCCCAGAAUGAUGCGGAAUCCGAUUGAUCUGUAUGUCGUAGCAGGAUCGCCUCCACUACCACGCCGUGAAAGCGAAUGCUCAGGACGAUCCUUAGCAACACUGCUGGUGGCAUGGGUGAGUGCGGCAAUGGUCGCCUCAGUUCUUUUGCGAUGGAAGUACAUGUGGAUAGCGUUAGCUGUGUUGACACUGCUCUUUCUAAUCGCCUGCGGAUACGCAGCCUUCACAACGCGAAGAAAUCUACAGCGUGAUAUACUAACAGAUGAUCCGUACUUUGAUCAAAGAAGAAGGGAAAUAAAUACGGUAUCGGGGGACCUAGCAUCAUGCGGUGAGAGAGUGGAGCCACCGGCCUACCAUAACUAUUGGAUAACAGAUUUACCACCACCCUACGCUGUUGUGAUUGGCGCAGAGCCUCCCCCUACUCCAGUUGAAGAGAGAGUCCAGUCGCAAGGACCAAGACUAUCAAAUCCGCCACCUUAUUCAGUAGCUGUACAGCAGGAUCACGCAACAACUCCACCUGUGGAUCAAUCACUACCAACGCCAAUUUCCCACGCCAAUUCCAGAGAUGCAACGACUGCAAUAGCUAUUAAUGAUGACAAAGACACAUCUGAACAGUCAAGGGGGGGUCACAGUCAUGUAUUACCUGGUACACAGUAUUUAAGUAACUUCAUAAGUACUCGGUUUGGCCGGGGCAGGUCUAGGAAUCUCGAGCAAUAUUCCACUCAGAGUUCGCAGAGGGAUGGGGGGUGUCAACGUAAUCAGGGGAAUCAAGAUAUAUCUGGGAGUUCAUCCAGACUGGAUAAUGCCUUUUAGACUCAGUUCUUCAUUCUGGCAAUGAUGAUUAAUCCAGUUCAUGCAUUGUGUCAAUAUGUUCAAGUCUCCAAGACAUACGAAUCCGGAUCUUCAGGAUCAUUAUCAGGAUUUUGAUAAGCACAACUCAAAUUAAAUAAACCAUUUUUGUACUUCAUACGUCACAAUACCACUGGCCUCAUCGUACCCUUCAAUCCGAGACUUUUGUCGUACUCAAUGUUCAUAUGUGAUUUUUCAUUGGAAAAAUAAAUUCAUUUUUACGCUUAAA